UCUUGUGAACAUUGCAAAAAGGCAUUUUCUGUUAAUUCAAGCUUGAAAUUACAUUUGAGGACACACACUAACGAAAAACCAUAUUCUUGUGAGUAUUGUCAGAAGACAUUUUCCUUUAGUUCAAAUUUGAAAACACAUUUAAGGACACACACAAAUGAAAAACCAUAUACUUGUGAGUAUUGUAAAAAGGCAUUUUCUAAUACUUCAAGUUUGAAAUCACAUUUGAGGAUACACACUAAUGAAAAACCGUAUUCUUGUGAAUAUUGUAAAAAGACAUUUUCUCAUAGUUUUUCUUUCAAAAAGCAUUUGAUGAUGCAUACUAAUGAAAAACCAUAUUCUUGUUAUCAUUGUAAAAAGGCAUUUUCUGUUAGUUCGGUUUUGAAAGUACAUAUGAGGAUACACACUAAUGAAAAACCAUAUUCCUGUGAAUAUUGUAAAAAGACAUUUUCUUUUAAUUCAAAUUUGAAAUCUCAUUUGAGGACACACACUAAUGAGAAACCAUAUUCAUGUAAUCAGUGUAAUAAGACAUUCUCUCAGAGUUCCAGUUUAAAAUCACAUUUGAGGAAUGAAAAACCAUAUUCUUGUCAGUAUUGUAAAAUGGCAUUUUCUGAAAGUUCUACUUUGAAAAAGCAUUUGAGGACACACACAAAUGAAAAACCAUAUUCCUGUGAGUAUUGUAAAAAGACAUUUUCUCAGGUGGCAAAUAUGAAAAUGCAUUUGAGGAUACACACUAAUGAGAAACCAUAUUCUUGUGGUCAGUGUAACAAGACAUUCUCUCAGAGUUCACAUUUAAAAAUUCAUUUGAGGACUCACACAAAGGAAAAACCAUAUUCUUGUGAGUAUUGUAAAACAACAUUUGCUCAUAGUUCAAGUUUGAAAAAACAUUUGAGGAUUCAUACUGAAGAAGAACCAUACUCUUCUCAUUAGUGCUGGACGAUGUUGCAGAUUUGAACAUUGCGAUACAUCGGCAGUGAAAUAUUGCGAUAUUCCACUACAUUGCAAUGUUUUGGUAUAUUUUCUUUUACUUAAAUCAGGUGUGUCCUUGGCAGGUGAGGGAAAGGUCAUUGUUCAUGCUGCUCUAAUGAACUUUUUUAGAGGUGUUUCUUUUUUUUUUUUAUUCUUAGUAGUUUCGGUUGGGGGAGGGGGGGAACCCUCCUGAAUAAAUAUAAAUUCAAGAUAUUGUCACUGAAAAUCAUUUCUCUAACACCAGUAACAAUUUAUUUCGUAUGUUUUUUUUUUUUGGAGAAGUUGCCCCCCUCCACUUGUCCUCCCCUAAUUAUUAUGAAAUAACAGGUGUGUGAGAUGAUUAUCAACUGAACCUUAUGUUUUUGAUUGAAUGAAUCAAGUUUGAAUCUGUAACUGCAAACAAAUUGAAAAUACAAUUAUUUUAAACAAUAAAAUAGUAUAGAUUGUUAAUUCACAUUAGCCUGAUGA